AUGAAGCUCAGUGCUCUGGCUGAAGGCCGCUUUCCUGAGCUCCCCCAGUUCUCCCCUGAGGCAGACAUCCACAGCUACAUGGUGAGCUACAGCCGGUGUCCUGACGGCUCCAACUAUACCUCUGUAGAAGACCAUAUGGUCCCAUUGUGAUGCAGUAGUAUCCCCUAGUGUAAAUCUGUGAAGGUGUCCAGUAAUAUUAUUUCAGUGUGUUCCUAAUUUACUAUGUUAUUUUCACACGUGUAUUAUCAUUAUUAGCCCGGCACCUACAUCUUUCACAGACGUGCGUAUGAUGACGACAACCAUUUUAUACUAGUGUGUGUGACAGUAAAGGGGUGUGUGUGCAGAGCUCUGGAGGACUGGUGUUUAGGAGUCUGGACAGGGACAUGUUUGAUGCUGAGCCCAUGAGGGAGCUGAGUGGACGCAGGCCUCUGGUCUGUACUGAGUUCCAGGGACAGAGGGUCAUACUCAAGGUAACCCCUUUCUCACACACCUUUUAGGGUUGCGUCCCAAAUAGCACCCUAUUGUCUAUAUAGUGCACUACUUUUGACCAGGGGCCCAUAGACCUCUGGUCAAAAGUUGUGCACUAUAUAGGAAAUAGGGUGCCAUUUGGGAGGAAACCUGAAAGGUUAAGAAAACAACAUAGUGUAUAUGUGAAACUCUCUGUCAGGCCCAAAUGUGAGCCAACAUUUUGAAGCCAAAUGAAUGUUCUUUUUGGACAUGUUCCUGUAUUACUGCUCCUGUUUUAAAGACGUUUGAUCACAUUUAGUUCCGACUGAAAGAGACCCUGCUCUUUUGACGGAGGUUUAGUUGUUAUCCUUAUUGGUGGUUUGUGUCUGGUUUCCCUUUCAGGGUUACACUGUAAAUGAGGAGGCAGAGGCCAGAGUGCUGGAGAGAACCACCCAGUUUCACCGAACCAGGACGCAGAGGGAGAGUCAGCCUGACUCUGGAAUACUCCCUCUUCUGGCCCUGUUCUUUGGCAAGGUACUGCUCACUCAGCAUCUCUGUCUCGACCCAAUCACCUAAGUAAGCUUCAUAUACAGUGCAUUCGGAAAGUAUUCAGACCCCUUUACUUUUUCCACAUUUUGUUACGUUACAGCCUUAUUCUAAAAUGGAUUAAAUAAAUACAAAUCCUCAGCUAUUUACACACAAUACCCCAUAAUGACAAAGCAAAAAAAAGCAAAGUACAGAACAGAGCAAAGUGCAGAGAGAUCCUUGAUGGAAACCUGCUCCAGAGCGCUCAGGACCUCAGACUGGGGCGAAGGUUCACCUUCCAACAGGACAACAACCCUAAGCACACAGCCAAGACAACGCAGGAAUGGCUUCGGGACAAGUCUCUGAAUGUCCUUGAGUGACCCAGCCAGGGCCCGGACUUGAACCCGAUCAAACAUCUCUGGAGAGACCUGGAAAUAGCUGUGAAGCAACGCUCCCCAUCCAACCUGACAGAGCUUGAGAGGAUCUGCAGAGAAGAAUGGGAGAAACUCCCCAAAUACAGGUGUGCCAAGCUUGUAGCGUCAUACCCAAGAAGACUCGAGGCUGUAAUCGCUGCCAAAGGUUCUUCAACAAAGUACUGAGUAAAGGGUCUAAAUACUUAUGUAAAUGUAAUAUUUCAGUUCUUUAUUUUUAAUACAUUUGCAAAAAUGUCUAAACCUGUUUUUGCUUUGUCAUUAUGGGAUAUUUUGUGUAUAUUGAGGGUGGGGGAGGUGGAACUAUAGCUCUGUAUUGACAUGAUUGGUUGACGGUAGGUGGGGGCGGUACGUCCUGUAUAAACACAAACUCACUUCCUUGAUAACUUCCUUCACAAUAGCUCUGCUAAGCGCAAGAAUCAUGAAAGCCCUGAAGUCUGUGGAGGCUGCAUCACAGUAAAUGCUGUACGGCCACUUCAGAUGUCGGAUUGACCAUGCAGAGCCUUUUAAAGAGGUCUGUGUUCUCCAUUUGUCAUGAUGUAUGUUCUAGUACGAACGCUUCUCUUUCAGUCAGACCCUCUUGCCUAUGUGAUGGUGCCAUACUUCCCCAAUGGAAGUCUCUGGGCUGUUCAGGCUGCCAAACCCCUAACUGCCACAGUGAGUUUUCUCUGCUACCUUCUCCAUAUUUUACGAUGAGGUUUACAAAAUUCUGUUAACUUUCCCAAAAUUCCCAGGUUUCCAGAAAUCCCAGUUUGAAGAUUCCUGGACUUUCCUUCUGAUUCCUGGAAUCUUCUAACAGAGUUUUCUUGAAAAUCGGCCAAUUUUGGAACCCUAUUCACGUGCCCUUGUUUUGUGAUAGUAUAGCACAUUGACCUACUGUCCCGUCUCUCCCAUCAGGAGAGUGUGAAGGUGAUGAGAGGAGUGGCCAGGGGGCUCCAGGCCCUCCACGCUGCAGGCAUCACCCAUGCCUCCCUCAACCCCAACAACGUGUUCGUCCUCCACCGACACCAAGGCAUGGUGGGAGACUACGACUUCACAAAGACUCCUGUGAGUACCCUGUCCUCAACCCUAACUUACCACACACCGCUCUCGUCAAACAAAAAAAACAUUCUUCCCCCCUCCAUUUUAAAUACACUGUAUCUCAUGCACCUUGGUUUCUUUUACACCUGUCUGAAUGAUUGCCAUGUAUGGUUGUUUCAUGGUUUGAUGUUGAUUCCAGGUGCAGAGGGCAAUGGACAGUGGGAUGGUGACGGGCUCUAUCAGCCUGGUGGCCCCAGAGCUCCGCCAGGCCCAAGGCACACCUCCUACUCCUGCCUGUGACUUGUACUCCUACGGCUGCCUGCUGUUCUGGGUAGAACACCUUCAUGUUGCCCUCUCCGUAGAUCAGCCCAGGUCUCUGUAUAAAAUAAGAUGGAUGGUCAAGCAGCUUUGAGACAGAGUAGAAUACAGCAGGAAUGUAUGUGUUUUUAAGGGGUUUCGGGAGAAGCUCUUGACAUGUCAUACAGGAGAAAGAUUUUUCAAAAGUUAAAUGAUAACGUUGAAUAUUGAUCAGGAGAAACUCUAGGAGAUGUGAACAAUAGACUUAUUAACAAUAAGCUCCCAGUAAGCAGUUGGGUCCAUACCAUUAUUUUGUGGCAUCAAUAACGCUCUGUUUGCAGCUGCACGCCCAAGGGUUCAACUGUGAUCUGGAUAGUGGAAGAAGACUGGCCCUGGAUAUCAGCGGGGUGAAACUGGUUAGUAGCCCUGAUAGCCUUUUCAUGCUUUAAUACAUUUAGAAUGCAUUUUUAUUUUUGCUCCCAAACUGCAGGUCUACCAUGAGUAAUUAUGAGAAUAAUACAUGUCAUUUGUAACACGCUUUCCAUUGAAAGACAAUCACACAGUGUUAAAAUGAUGUUGUCCUCUUUGCCAGGAGGCCAAACUCCAGGCCCUGCUGUCUAAGCUGCUGGUGUGUGUUGGAAGACUGACUGCUGCUGAGACCCUGGCUGAUGACUACUUCCUGUCUGACCAGUAA